AUGUUUCUCCAGCUCCCAGCGGGGAGUAGAUUCUUAGAUCUACAUUUCACCACAGGUUUAAAUGACUGGGACAUGAGUGAAGAAAUCAAAUUAACCACGACAACUGACCAGUUCUAUCAAGACGAGAAGCGAAAUGACCAAUACUUGGCACAGUGGCACUACGCAAGAAUCUCACGAAGAACUUUAUUGGGAACAGACAAUUUAUGCCAGUACACCCAGGAUUCAAAAGAGUCUGAAAUACAACCUAACCUAUGGUUGAUGGUGAAUCCUACCUUGGUGUGCUCGAUUAAGUACCCUCACAGAGCAACCAAGGUAUCAAGCCCUGCACCGUUGACGGCAGAAGCGCCUGUUAGCAGCCUUGCCACACCUCCCUGUUUAGAAAGCUUGCAUUCGCUUUCUCCCCCCGAGACAACUUGUCUGGAUGAGUCCACACGUAAUUCUUCUUUCUCAAGCGAGUACCUGGUCACAGAUGAAGAUGACGCAUCCUCGGUAGACAUUCCCGUUUGCCGGAAGGUGAAAACGGCUAGGAAGGCGAGGAUUUCCAAGGACGCUGUGCGUAAACUCAGCCUGCUGCAGAGUAAGCGCUUGCAGAGGGUUCUACAAGACAGCAACAACCUGAAGAGCGGGGCGUGGCCCCGACCGCCCGUCAAUUAUUGCAUCCUCAUCGCCAUGGCGCUCAGCAGCAGUCGCAGUGGAAGCCUCAACGUCCAGCAGAUCUACAACUUCACCAGAGAGCACUUCCCUUUCUUCCUGACCGCUCCGGACGGCUGGAAAAACACCAUCCGGCACAAUCUGUGCUUCAGCAACAGCUUCAAAAAGACCCCGCAGCAGGUGUCCAGCGAGGGGAGGAGGAAGUCCUGUUUAUGGCACCUGACGCUGGACGGGAGACGACGGCUAAGGAACGAAAUUCACACCCUCACCGGAGACUCGCUCAGAAUGCUAAAGAGAAGCAUGACCUAUCCAGAUAUGAUUCAGACAUUGUUUGAUCUGUGA